ACCGCCGCCCGCCUUGGAAGAGGCGGAGCUGCCCGUACAGCCUGGCCCAACCGAGCGGAGCUCCGCCGAGCCUGGCUGUGGCUUCUACUGCCCCCACGGCCGGCCCGCGUUCCGUCCCGCCAACUCUCGCUUCCUUCUCGGCCAACUUGGCCGCUUGUCCGCCCCGUCGGGGCCAGUGCCGCGCCCGAUGAAUGGAGUCGCCUUUUGUCUGGUUGGGAUCCCACCGCCAAAGAGCCCCGAGGACAGCCGGAGCCGGGAUGGGGAAAGCGGCCCGCGGCCAAAACUGGUCCAGAGAGAUGGUACAGCCACAAAUGCCAAUGCGCCCCCCAUGGAGUCCUUUCCCUGGGUGGGGCCAAAGACAGUGGUGCUGCACAAGAACCUUCAGGGCGGUUAUGGCUUCACUCUCCGGCAUUUCAUUGUCUACCCCCCAGAAUCAGCUGUACACACCAACGUGAAGGAAGAAGAAAAUGGAAACAGAACAGUGCCUCCACGGAACCGGUUGGAACCCAUGGACACCAUCUUUGUCAAAAAUGUAAAGGAAGAUGGGCCAGCACAUCAGGCUGGUCUCCAGACAGGAGAUCGACUGGUUAAAGUAAAUGGUGAAAGCAUCAUUGGGAAAACCUAUUCACAGGUUAUCAGCCUCAUACAGAACUGUGAAGAUGCUUUGGAACUCUCCAUUAUGCCAAAAGAUGAGGAUAUUCUGCAACUGGCGUAUUCUCAAGAUGCAUACUUAAAGGGCAAUGAACCAUACUCUGGAGGGGCACAGAGCAUUCCUGAGCCACCACCUAUAUGCUAUCCUCGUAAAAAUUAUCCAUUUCAGUCAAGACGGGAUGUUUCAACAGCUGAAAUUUACCAGGGACAACAGGUGGAUAAUAGGCAGUCCUACCAUUCAGGGUCCUCAGGCCCAUCUUCUCCUUUGAAUAGCACUGCAGUUCACAAAACUCAUCUAAGUGCCUGGACUGAAUCCAAACAAAAUUUCACUAGCAACCAUUCCAGUCCUGCCCACUGUACAGAGGAGGUCCAGUAUGGAAUGACUCAACGGGCACCUAUUCCAAGGCAUAUCCCAACUUCUGGUUCUUUCUCCCAGUACCCCAAUAGCAGUUGUCCAGGUUCUGUAGCUUCUUCCUCACCUUACAUUCCUUCCACUUACUCUAUGCCCAACCACGGCUGCUAUGGACCCCCCAAACAUCUUCCUGAUCAUCACCCACAUGGUGGAUUGAAGGAUGCUCAUCGUGAGGGCAGGCCCUCACGGGAAUGCAUUCGAGCUGGACCCAAAUCUAUUAGCCGUCUAGAAUGCCAACAGGCCUUGUCCAACUGGAUCUCAAAUCAAGUACCACGUCGAAGCUCUUCAGAGGAGCGAUGCAGUGCUAUGCCACCUCGUUACCGAAGUGUAUCACAAGACCAUCUGGGAGACGUUUCAUCCUCCAGGGGUUGGUCUCAUAGUGCUUCCCAAGAAACUUUAAUCCAGUCUUCAGCUCAUGAUAACUGGACUUACCGUGCAAGAUCAGAUAACUAUCUGAUGAAAUACGGGCAAUCCAUGGAAGCUCUUGAACAGGCUGACUUGGUUUCUCCUAGUUAUGGAAGGUGCAUAUUGCCAUCAGACAGGUUUUACCAGCAUGGGCAAAUUAACCGAGCCCAGCCUAAUCAUCCAAAUACUUGUAUUCCUUCUGCCUCUUCCAGAGAUCCUCCCUCUGUACAUGUGCAAAAACAUCCUUCUCAGCCCAACCUCCAGAGCAUUGAUGACUCUGGUUAUAUUGGCUACCGAAGCUACAGCCCUUCAUUCCAGCGUCGGACUGGCUUACUCCAUGCUCUUUCUUUCCGCGAUGCUACUUUUGGUGACCUUCCAACAUUUAAUAUUUCUCAAAGGCAGUUGAGUCACUCAACACCACCUUAUGUUGAGAAGUCUUUGCCUACUGCUGUGCUUUCAAGUGCUCCUUCUACUUGUCCAGACCCUUUCCUGGCCAGCAGCCCAGAGAUCCUAAUGGACCAAAGAUCAGCCAAACAGGAGAAUGAUGUGAAAUCUUUUGAGCAGAUUUCUUCAUCUCAAGCUAUAGAACCACUACAGUCUGAUGCUGAGGAGAGAAAAGAUGAAGUAGUUCUUCGACAGAAGCCCCCAACUGGACGUAAAAUGCCUCCUCCUGCAAGGCAGAUGAAUUUUGUCUUCCCCAGUGAUCUAAAGGAAACAGACAUUUGUGAUCCACCUGCACCGGCGCCGGCAGCCAAUAAAGAAAACAAGAGGGGUGUGGCCCCUUUGGCUACACCAGAGGAUUCACUUGCGUUCAUCCCAUUUAUUGAUGAACCAACAAGCCCCAGCAUUGAUUUGAAGGCAAAACACAUCCCUGCUUCCUCUGUUGUUUCCAGUGCCAUGAAUUCUGCCCCGGUGCUCUCGGCUAGUCCUUCUUCACCUACCUUCACCUUUGCCAUGAAUCGCCAUUAUUCCCAGGAUUGUAGCAAUAUCAAAGCCAGCCGUCGAUCUUCCUACCUCUUAGCCAUAACCACAGAACGCUCCAAGUCAUGUGAUGAUGGUCUGAACACAUUUCGGGAUGAGGGGAAACUUUUAAGGAGGUUGCCAAGUCGUGUGCCUAGCCUACGUAUGUUAAGAAGUUUCUUUACUGAUGGGUCUUUGGAUAGCUUGGGCACCUCUGAAGACACACGUUCAAAGAGGCAUUCCACCUCUGAUCUUUCGGAUGUCACUUUCAGUGAUGUGAGGAAAGAGGGCUGGCUCCACUAUAAACAGAUCCUCACCAAAAAAGGCAAAAAAGUUGGCGGAGGCAUCCGGCAGUGGAAACGGGCCUUUGCUGUCCUGCGUGCACACUCACUCUACUUAUGCAAGGACCGAAGGGAGGCUGUGGCCCUUGCCCCGCCCCCAGGUGAGGAGGAGCAGCCACCAAUCAGCAUCCGAGCGUGCCUGGUAGACAUCUCCUACAGUGACACCAAGAGGAAGCACGUCUUCCGGCUGACGACCGCUGACUUCUGUGAAUGUCUCUUUCAGGCCGAGGACCGGGAUGACAUGCUGGCCUGGAUUAAAGUCAUCAGGGAGAGUAGCAAAGCCGAGGGCGAGGACCCUGGGUUUGCAAGCCAAGCACUGAUCAAUAAGAAACUAAAUGAUUACCGAAAAGUGAGUUCCUCAGGGACCAAACCAGAUUCUUCCCCCAAAGGUCUUCGAAUGUCAGGGAUGAAGUCAGAAAGCCAGAAACAAACAGGAAUAGCUGCACCCUACUCCCCACGGCAAGAUGGAGUAACAGUAAAAGAUGACAGUGUUCCUCAGAAAGCACCUUGGGGCAUCAAUUUAAUGAAGAAGAGCAAGAAACCUGUUCCAAGAGCAUUUGGUAUAAGGUUAGAAGAUUGCCAGCCAGCUCCUGACAACAAGAAAAUCCCCCUGAUUGUGGAAGCCUGUUGCAAGGUAGUGGAAGACAAAGGUUUGGAAUACAUGGGCAUCUAUCGAGUCCCAGGGAACAAUGCUGUGGUAUCCAGCCUACAAGAGCAACUAAACAAAGGGGCAGCAGAAAUCAACUUGCAAGAUGAGAGAUGGCAAGACUUGAAUGUUAUUUGCAGCCUCUUGAAGUCUUUCUUUCGGAAGCUCCCAGAGCCUCUGUUUACCGACGAUAAAUACAAUGACUUUAUUGAAGCCAACCGGAUUGAAGAUGCCAGUGAAAGGAUGAAGACCUUACGCAAACUGAUCCGGGAUUUGCCAGGCCAUUAUUAUGAGACCCUCAAGUUCCUGGUGGAACACCUCAAGACAAUUGCAGACCAUUCUGAGAAGAAUAAGAUGGAGCCGCGGAAUCUUGCCUUGGUAUUUGGCCCCACGCUAGUUCGAACGUCGGAGGAUAACAUGACUGACAUGGUGACACAUAUGCCUGAUCGCUAUAAAAUUGUGGAGACCCUCAUACAACACUCAGACUGGUUUUUCAGUGACAAGGAAGAAAAAGGUGAAAAGACCCCUAUAGAUGAACAAGAGGCCCAGUCAAUGCCAAAUAUUGAGUACCUUCUACCCAACAUUGGAAGAACAGCAGCAUCAGGAGAUGCUUCAGAUUCAACUAAUAGUGGAUCAGCUAAAUCAAAGGCUUCAUGUGGCUCACGGAAAGAGCACUAUCAUAAAGAGAUGCUUGCCAUCUCCUUCAUCUCAGCUGUCAACCGCAAGAGGAAGAAGCGGAGAGAGGCCAAGCGUUUUGGGAGCAGCACAGAUGAUGAUUCUGAGCAUGAAUCAGCUGUCAAGAGAGACGAGGAGGAGGAGGAAGAAGUGGCUCAGGAGGAAGAAAGAGAGGCUGAAAGAUUGGGGAAUAGCAGCAGAGCUCCAGUUCCUGAUGUGCAGGAUGUCUUCCAAAGCCGGGCAAAAUUAGAAGCAGAGCAAGUAGAAAGAAAAGUGGCACCCCGAGGAAGCCCAGAGUUGGCCCUGGAUGCCCGCUCAAUUGUUUCAGGAUGGCAGUCAAAAACGAAACAAAACAAAAAAGCUGAGGUAGGUCUGAUACAAGGAGGGCCAUUCAUUCAGCCCAUUGAAAGAUCUUGAUUUGGGAUUGACUAGUUAUCCAAUUGAUGGGAUAAGCAGCUUCAUCCCUGCUUCAAAAUGCUGGAUCUGCAAAUAAAGGAUAUUUUUGGAGGAGGAGAGAAUCAGAAAUAGAAUUCCUCCAGUUAAUUUUCCUAAUUUUCAUUAGUCCAUGGUACCUCUUUUCUGUAUUUAUCUGAAAGAGGCCUUGGAACUGGGCAAACCAGAUGAGAGUUAUUCAUGAAUUGAGCCCGCUUCCAUUUAAUCACUGCUGUGGGUUCACAUUGACACGAUGGAUUCCUCUCUACCCAAAGUUCCUCUCACUGUUAUCUAAGUGGCAGUUGAUUGCGUUGGGAGGUUUUGAAUGUUCCCCUAAAAAUAUCCAUUGCUCCUUUUCUACCUUUCCUCUAGAAAAGCAAAUUCAAAAAUCUUCCAUCUAUCAUAGCUUGGCCUUUGUCAGGUUCCUACAGGGAGGGUUGUAUCAUCUUGACUCCUAGCACAUGCAUCAAAAUCUUGUAGAUAUAAGCAAACUCAGGAUUAUGUAUGGUAUAGUCUCAGCUGCACUUGAAGACUGUUUCAUGUGAAAACUGCAGAGGUAUAAUGGUCCCUGAAAGGUGCAUGAUCUCUACCACCUGUAAAGGACACUGCUGUUUUCCUCCUCCUCCUAAAGCACAGGUGUCAAACUUGAUCGUGUCACGUGAUGUAUCACAACGUUUUUGCCUUUGUGGGCGUGGCCUGCACGUGACGCAUCCAGCCCGCAGGCCGCCAGUUUGACACCCCUGCGCUAAAGUGAUGUUGUCUCUAAUUUUCAAAAGUCACAAAAGAGAUCUAUGGCAUCACACUAUCUGAUGUAUUGCAGCUUUGGCUUUGGAACCUUUGGCUGCAGUAAAUCUGCUGGUAUUUAACAGCAUCUCAAAAUGCUUUGGUUUUGUUGCAAGACUAACAUGAUAUAUAUAACUGAUGCUAUGAAUUCUAAAUGAUACAGUACUAAAUGGUACAACUCACUGUGCCUUUAAGAAUAUAGUCCCAUUUUUUGCUUAGCUCAUUUAAGAUUUUCUUGUGAGUCUUAGCUAAGGAUGCAAACUUUUUCCAGAUGGAUUUUUCCUUUCAGGCUGUGAUGGUAUCCCCAUUUGAAUAGCACUCUCUGCUCCUAUCCCCUCAUAACAGAUAGUACAGUCUAGGGAGAAACAGAUGUGAUUAAUACCAUUAACACAAUACUGUAUGCAGAAUUCAUGAGGGCAGUAUUUUAGAGAGAAAAUUAGCUUAUGCAAAUGAUAAUUGUGUGGAGUGAAUCACCUGCUAAGGUGACAUAUGUGUACCGUGUUUUAGUUAACAGUGCUUUUCUAUGUGACUUCCUGUGUUCAGUGGGGGAAAGGAUGAGUACAGGCGCUAUGUGAUUUUUUGGGGGUUUGGAAAAGAGCAAGAAGAGGUAGAGGAAAAACACACCAGGGCCCUGUGCAGACGUGCCAAAAAGGAGCCUCAGUGAUUUUUUUAAAAAAUUCUUUGAUAAUUUCCAGAGCGUAAGUUGACAUGAUUCCAUGUAAGCCUUUGUUAGGAUAAAAGGCUGAAAUGUCAAGUCCGUGCCAUUUUCUGCUUUACUGGUAACUUCCACAACUCACACUCUCUUACAAAAGAGCAAUAUUUGAUUUUUAUGGUGCUACAUUUAUUUUCAACAGUGUCUUUCUCUUUAGUUUUCUCAUUAUACCACAUGGAAACAAACCAAGGAGUCAUUUUAUUACAUGUUGCAGAUCAAGUAGGGUUUUCCAUUUUGCUAUUCCUUGCAAUCCCUUCAAAAUGAGAGACUUAACAUUUGUUUUUAUCUUGUGGAUAUAAAAGAUUCCCACAUCAUAUGUCUCUGUAGAAUUUCAUUUGGUCAUAAAAGCAGGAAGUACUUUUGUGAUGAAUAAAUAUGAGAGAUGAUCUUUAAGAUACAUGUUUUGGUGUGUAAUAGUUACUGCUUCACCCCUUAUGCCUCAAUUCAAAUUUGUUAUCCCCUUGGAAAGAGUUGCAUAACCCUUGAGAAAAAAAAUGUUGCUGUGAAAUAACUUUCUCCACUUUCCUGUCAAGAUAUAUUUGAAUUGGAACAAAAUGAAAAAGUCAUUUGGGGGGAGAGGGGGGGAACCAAAUUAAAAUCCUGACGUUCUUGAAAUUCAGAGCAAACUGCUGUGUCUAGCAUAGUCUACAUCAAAAGUACUCUUUCUGCAAAAUAAUAAUAAUAAUAAUAGAAAAAUGGCAAAUUACUCUUGAAUUUCAGCAUUUGCUGAUACAUUCCAAAAUCGUUAUCACUGAAUGAAAAGGAAAUAUCAUUUUCAUGGAAAUAACUCUCCUAUCACAUGUUGUGUUGUUUUGUUUAUGUAUCAUAUUCCAGGUAUUACACAUGGACGACAUUCCAGUUGUAACACCAAAUAUAAGACUCAGGCUUAAAAAAAAUCAAUGAAUAUAUUAGGUUAUAAUGCAAAACCAAUGCACAAGAACAGGCAAGGGACAAGAUGUCCUUGGUUAAGGAUAGAUUUUAAUGCUGGUCUUGCUGAUAUUAAAUGCAGCACCUAAUUGGGUUUGCCACACUGAUUAUAGACAUGGUGCAGGACAUUUUUCACUAUAGUCUGCCUAGCUCAUUUCUAUGAUGCCUGCAGUUUAAUGGCAGAUGGCUAUUUUUUUUAGGACGUAUUAGCUAUAGAUUCUUUGUAAAGAUGUUAUGAAGAAAUGCUUUUGUAUCUGGAGUUUUAAAGAACAAAGUGCAUUAAGGUUGAUGGUUCCUCUCUGCCAACGUCAAUUGACAGCAACACUAGGCACUAAAUGUCACACUUUGACCCAAUGCCAUCGUACAGCCCCUGCAGGGUGGGUUGCAAUGUUAUAUUUCCAGGAAGUAUGUGUCACCACAGAUACAGCAGUAAGGCCAAAACAGAAUGACAAUGAAUGGGAGCUUGCCAGCUUGAUAAUUAUUCCAAGUAUUUUAUUUUUAAGGAGGGAGGGAGAGCAAUUUGUGUUUUGGUGCAAAACUGAGAUCCUGUUUAUACAGCAAGGUCAAGAUCCUAUUGGUUACUGAUUUUCCACUUGUAAAGUUGCAAAGACAAAGAUAAUACUAAUUCUGUAACUUCCUAACCAAGAACAGAACAGGCCUCUCAAACCUGCCUUUAUUUUCAUUGUGAAAUGAAAGGGUCAGGAGUACGGUCUAUCUUGGUUAAGCUAGUCUGGUGGCUUGGUAAUUGAACAGGUAAAAACAAUUUUAAAAUACAUUGUAUGAAGCAUCUAUACCAGGGGUGUCAAACUUUUUUCGAGGGCCGGAUCAGCAUCGUACUUUUCCUUCGUGGGCCAGCUGGGAGACGGGACAGACGCCCCCUGCAGUACGCUGCCGGGCAAAACGGGGUGCAGGGGGGGCUGUGAGCAAGGCCCCAAUGCUCCAUUUUCAGCCUGGAUUGCCUCUAGCACUUUGUUGGCCAAAAUGGAAUGUGGAGGGGGGAUACAUGCACCCUCUGCACCCUAUUUGGCCAGCACUGUGCUGUAGGAGGCCAUCCACGCUGAAAUGCCCCCCCCCCCCCAUUUUGGCUGUCAGAGGCACCAUGCGCCGGUCCUUUGUUAUUUCCAGGCCAGCACUAUAGGCCACAUUUAAGCACCCUGCAGGCCAGAUCCAGCCCACGGGCCUUGAGUUUGACACCCUUGAUCUAUACUGAACUUUCAAGCAUUUGAAGCAUUCUUUCAAGCAUUUGAAGCAUUCUUUCAAGCAUUUGAAGCAUUCUUUCAAGCAUUUGAAGCAUUCUUGUUGAACUGUCACAACCAUCUUUAUAAAUUACCUAAUAGAAUUUGCAGUGAUUAUAAAGUGAUGCAAAACAAUCCCACAUGAAAUUAGACCAAUUAUAUUCUUACCUCUGUAUCUGGGCAAGUGACUGGUGCUUUACAUAGCCCUAGCUCCCUUCCCUUAAAAACUUCCAGUAUAUUAUAUCCAGAGGUGUCAUUGGGGUGUGUCAAAAAGUCAAGAUGGUUUGUGUGAUUCAACAAUUGAAGCUGUGUGAUGCAUGAUGAAAAAGAGGCAGAGUUUCCAUUGUUUAGGUGCGACGUUUCCCUCAUACGAUCUUGACUUUUUGAACAAUCCCUGCUGGUGGAUAUUCCUGAUUUAUCUUUUGGGUUGUUAUUUAGCAAUAAUGGCUCAGUGUCUGUCUGUGUAUAUUACUUUUUUUUUUUUAAAAAAAGAAACCAUUUUGCAAUCAUUCUUAAGGAUUCAUUGUCUCACUGCCAGUGUAUGUUUGAAAAAGCAUCUCUUUUGCUCACAACUGGAUUCUCCCUUCCAGACAAAAUCCAUCAGAUUGAGACUACCCAGUUCCAUGUGAAGUAGAGUUGGACUGCAAGCUAAAGUGGUGGUUUAUACUUCAAAAAUUUCAAUUGAAGUCAAAGUAUUACAGAAGUGCCUCCUUGGUGCUGUCAAAUGGCAGCUGUUUUUUUAUAUGCAUCUGGUGUGCAACAUAUGAAAAAAGGACAGAGCUAUGAUCAUCUACUUGCAGCUACCAUGUUGACUUCUCUUCAAGCCCUUCUUACAAGCAUACCUGUUUCAUUUUUUAAAAAAAAUUUUUUUUGGUUCUGAGGGAGACGUCCCAAGUUGUCUAUAUGUGCCUUUCACGAGAAGACUUCUUUCCCUAUUUGUUACAGGCUCUUCAGUGUCUGGUGGUUGAAGUGUUAGCCUAAGGGGUGGUCAGUAAAUGUAUAAAAUGUAUUAAAAUAUUUCAUUGAGGUAAACCAUCUUAAAAACUUCAAAUUUUAACUGUUCACGCGACUCCCUUAUUGCUUCUGCUUGAAGAACAUUCUGUGAAACUUGAAAGCUCACCUAGGAUUUAGGUAAUUGCGUGUCUCCUCUUCAAAAAGCCCAUCUAUCUUCUAGUGUUGGCCUGUUUGUGACUAUGAAAGUCGAUCCCUAACGGGAUGUAAAGGACUUAAACUCUGUGCUUUUGGAAACAUAAAAGGAAGGUAAACCACAAGGCACCAAAACUACAACUUCCCUAGCAGGUGUACAGUUUGUGCUGUAUUUGAAGAAGCAGAAAAUUUGUCUGCUUUGCUCUGUCUUCCAUGUGUUCUAAAUAUGUGUCUUACCACAAUUCCAUUGAAACUUUGAAAAGGAGCAUGUAGAUGUGUGCAGGUGUGGAAUUUAAAACUGAACAAAAUUAAGUAGUUGGCUGUACUGUAAUACGUUGUCCUUAUCCUUUUAUGCAACUAUGUGCUGUAAAGUUUUAUUCACAUUUUUCACAUUUAUUUUGUAAAUAGCUUUUACAUGUGUAACAUAUGAUAAAGAGUUUAUAAGGAUUUUAAGGGGAGUGGGGGAAGCCCAAGACUUUUAUUAUUAUUUUCCUUUUUAAAAUGGAAGUUAUACAACCGUAGAUAUUUUGGUGGUGUUUUUUUUUUUAUAGAAAAAACAAAACUUCCUUGCAUGGUUUGUCCCUCUUUUCAUCUUUAUGUUGUAUAAUAUAUAUGGUCAAACAAAACAAUUCUGCUUUAAAUAUAGCCCCAAAAUUACAAUUAUAUAUAUAUUGGAAAUAAACUGCCUUAUU